GAUUUCAACAGUAUUAAAGCAGCCAAAGCAGCUAGAGUGCAAGGAAAAUGUGGGAAGGGUGCUAACAACAAGUUGGGUGACUCAGAUACAGGCAUUGUCUCUUUGAAGAAUUACUUGGAUGCACAAUACUAUGGAGAGAUCAGUAUUGGUUACCCUCUCAGAAAUUUACUGUUAUAUUUGACACUGGCAGUUCUAAUCUCUGGGUUCCGUCAUCCAAGUGCUACUUUUCUAUUGCUUGCUAUUUUCAUUCAAAUUAAAGUACAAGUCAAGCAAGUCCUCUACCUAUACAAAGAUAGCUCAGGAACAUCUUGCUCAAUCACAUAUGGAUCUGGAUCUAUUUCUGGCUUUCUUAGUCAAGACAAUGUUGGAGUUGGUGAUCUUGUAGUCAAAGAUCAGUCUUUAUUGAAACUACAAAGGAACCUAGUCUUACAUUUGUAUUGGCCUAAUUUGAUGGGCUACUUGGGCUUGGGUUCCAGGAAAUCGAAGAUGUUGUUCCUGUCUGCUGAUACAAGGGUCCUUUGCUCUAUGGGAUAUGAGGUGCAAUAAAUGCAGUGUGGCCAAAGACUUUGUAUACAGUGAGUACUAUUUCCCUAAGAGCACAAGGAUUAUGAUUUAUGAAUACUAAUGAUGUACAAGAAUGAUAUAUGGCCUUGAGUCACUUCAGAGGAUUUGAAUGAAUUGAAUCAAUAUUAUA